GCAUUUGCCCGGAGUUGCAGCGCUGUGCAGUUCUCUGCUUGGAAGCAAGUUCCACCGAGGCUUUGCUCCCGAGUAAGCGCGAGUGGCGCUGCAGCCUUCAGGGACUUCGCUCCCGGGAAACCCGCCUGCCGAGGAGCUCCACGCUCGGCGGGGCCUUCGCCCUCGCCCGCCCCCAGCUCCACCCUCUCCAACCCCCUUCCCAGGCGCCGAGGCCAUGGCGACUCGCUGGGCGUCGCUGGGCCUCCGAGCCCCGCUCGGUCGCCCUCCUCCUCCCCGCCGCUCUCGCUUCUGGCUAGCGGCGCCCGGCGGUGUCCGCUUCGGCAGCAGCAGCAGCGCCGGCCCGGGCGCAGGGGCGCUGGCCAGUUCCCUGGUGCGCACCGGAGGCUUCGUGGGAGGCCGCUGGGUGCAAGCGGCGGCCGCCUUCCCCGUCCGGGACCCGGCCAGCGGCGCGGAGCUGAGCCGGGUGGCGGACUGCGGGGCGGCGGAGGCGCAGGCCGCGGUGAGGGCCGCCUACGAGGCCGGCGCUGCUUGGAGCGGGGCGUCUGCCAAGGUGAGGAAGGGGGACGGUUUGCGGGACGCGCGGAGAGUUUCCAAGGCAGGGGGAGCCGAGCAUGCAAGAGCCCCACUCCAGGCUCCCUCCUGCGCCUGUGCGCAAGAGGGAUGGAUGCCCGCCGGCGCCUUGUGCACAGCUGUUAAAAGAGAGGAGCCCGGCCUUCCUUGCCAUGUGGCCACCCACCGGCAUCAGCUGUAGGUCAUGGGCAGCCCCACAUAGGGGAGGAACGCGCGCGCACGCCCUUCGAGACGCGCCGUGGGGACACCGAGACAGGGUUAUGCAGAAGGCGUCUGCCACUUCUGGAGAAAGGGAAUGCUCCUCCUUCAAAGAGACCUCCCCCCAGGGUUUAAACUCAACCGGAGUUUGCUCUGGAGAAGCAGCAGAUAGAGGAAUGGGUCGGUGCUGCUUGUUAUUAUUUAUAUGAAGCAGUGCCGGAUUUGCGUACAGUAUAAGCCAAGCAAGCUAUAGCUUAGGGCCCCCCAAAAAAAUUAAAGGGAAAAAAACCCUGGAUGUACAUUUCCAAAAUAUAAGAUGAAAAACAAAUAUGAUGUAAGUAAUGGGCCCUGCCUGCUAGCCUGCUCCCUAAAAUAUCACUGGUUUGCUCAUUUCUAUAUAUAGGGUGCCUACAUUCUGCAUGUGCAAGUGACUUUAGAUACCUAUUAGGUUCAUAAAUUAUCAUACAGCAUAUAUUUAACACAAAAAAACAGUGACAGUUUGUUGUUGACAAAGGAAGCUGGACAUAUAAAGGGCCCCAUUACCUUCAGUAGCUUAGGGCCUCAUCAAACCUAAAUCCAGCCCUGAUAGGAAGGGUGAGGGUUGUUGUUUUUCCCCCGUAAGUGUUAUGUUAGGCGAUCAAUCAAUUUCUUCCCUUUUGGUAUUAUGUAUUUGCUGCAAGUUGCUUGUAGACCUUCUGGUGACAAGCAACUAAUCAGUUUAGUGAUUUGUUUGUUUUAAAAAAGGAGUGUCUCCUAAGUACAUAGCAUAGAAACCUAAUGAAAUAUUUGAGGUACAAAGGUGAUGGUCAAAAGGUGUGUGUGUGCCAGGUCUUGUGAUCGAUUAGGUGGUGUGGGGCUUACCUGUCCCCAUCCCAAUAUUUUAUUCAAGUUGGCACCCCUGGUACAGAGUGUUUCCCCCUAACCACCUGGGCAUCACUGACAGCUAAUGAUAGCUUUCCAUAAAAUAUCAAGCAUAUUGGCACAGUACACAUGUAUGUUUUUCUUGCAAUAUAAGUGGUCCAGAGACAUAUUGCUUGAAGUCGUAUAAGGCUAUGCAUAUAGUAAGUUCCACUGCAUUCAGAAGAGCUUUUUCUCUAGUAAAUGUGGUUUGCAGGGUGGCCUUAAAUAUAUAGGCUUUAUUUUGCCUUUCUAAGCGCCAAAUACCUGUUUUGGGGCAGAUUUGAAAAAAAAUUCUACUGGGGUAGAUAACCAACUGUUGUAUAUACAUUAUUAUGCCUUGGGGAUGUCUCAUGGGAAGCAACUCAUAAAUGAAGUAAAUAAUAAAAAAAUAACUUGCACCUUCAGAGUAAAGGAAAUCCUUUAUUUGUUCAUUUGUUUCCCCAUUAGCUACGUUCCCUGGGGUACUUUAUGUACAAUACGUAAGAAACAUGGGGAAAUCAUACAUGUAUUAAUUAUAAUACUUAAGUUCCAUCUUUGAGUGGAGAUGCAUGUUGUUGUUGUUUAGUUGUGUCUGACUCUUUGUGACCCCAUGGACCAGAGCACACCAAAUUUAAUUUUAUCAACUUUUGUUAGUAGUCCUGUUAGAAUUGAACCUGAAUCUACUUGCAGGAUUAUUGGGAGACAAGCAAAUUUAAAUACUGUAAAGCAUGCAAGUAAUAUUGGAGUAACAAUAAUUUUUGCACUUGGCAGUGAUACUGCUAAAACACUAUUUCUUUUUCAGGAAAGAGCUGCUUUACUUCGUAAAUGGUUUGAUUUGAUGAUAGAGAAUAAAGAUGACCUUGCAAGGAUCAUAACAGCAGAGAAUGUAAGUAUAAAAAGAUGGGGGGGGACAUAUUCCUCAGGGAUUUGGGGCUGAAUUUCAGGAAGCUAGUUACAAGAAUCUCACCUAGAAGGUGAAGCAAUCAAUGGGUGCAGUUCAGACAUCAUUCCAUGUUGCAAUAUGUCACGACAAAUGCAGAAACUUUCAUGUGUGACUUUUUGAAGCUCCCCCCCCCAAAGUAACACAGAAGACCUGAUUCCGAAGAAUCUGCUUCUAAGAAAGUUUGUGUAGGGUUGCAGGUGCAAGCUUGUUUAUUUCUUUUAAUAUGUUUUAACCUGCUUUUCCUGAGGUCGAAAUGGCCACAGGACAUUUAAACAACCAUCUAGUAAUCUUAAAUUAUGGAUGUGUUGCUUCUAAACAUCUCAGAAACUAACUUCACAUCUUCUAAAAUAGUUAGGUUUUAUGUACUUUAUUGAAGGUUGAUGAAGGAGAGCAGUUCCAAAUCUCUACAUGGAUGUUAUUCCAUAGCCUCGGAGCACUCAAUUGUGAAGACCAUGUUUAUUGCUGCUGUUCUAACACUGUGAAGUGAAGGCUCUUGGAAGAAGGCCUAAGUAACUGAACAUAAACAGCAUGGAAGGCUGAAAUACAAAGUAGAUGCUACAAGAGAAAUAUGGAGGUCCAACCUCAUAUUUCCCUCAUAAAAAUAGUUCAGGGGUCAACAGGGAAACUUCUAAGGAGACCGGGUGAGGGGACUUUACCCUUUCACACCAGGUACUUUCUCCCCGCAAGACUCCAUGCAUCCUCCCAUCUUCUGCUUAGCAGUGCUUAACGUUUUCCUUCAGGCAGGUAAUAACAGUAGGCAAACCCAGCUGAAAAGGAAAUUGCCUAGUGGACAGGAUUUUUUGCAGAGGAGAACUAGCAGACGUAGGAGGGGUUAAGCACUCUGCCCACUAAUUCUUGGUUGCGUGCAUCCUACGAUGUACAUUAUCUUGGCAAAUAUGAGUUUAAAUCCACAUUUCUAAGACAACAUCUCCUUCAUAUAUGCAGAGACUGUCUAAGCCUUCGACUCUUAAGGUUUGUAUCAGAUGGAGGAGGACUUUAAAGGCAAGUGCCAGCACUUGGAAGGCAGUUUAGACAUUUAAAAAUCGCACUUUAGAAUGAAAAACAAACGUGAUCACACAAAUCCUUCAUUGUAAUCAUUUUGUUGGGGGAGAGACGUUUUGUAGUUCUCUGCAUGUGAAUGUCUGCAUUCUGAAUCAUUCACAGGGGAAACCCCUGAAGGAAGCACAGGGUGAAAUUCUUUAUUCUGCUUCUUUCUUGGAAUGGUUUGCUGAAGAAGCUCGGCGCAUUUAUGGUGACAUCAUCCCGUCUUCUGCAAAGGACAGAAGAGUUCUAGUUCUUAAGCAGCCUGUGGGAGUUGCUGCCAUCAUUACUCCUGUGAGUUCAGCUGACUGUUUAAGUCAGACUUUUACUCUUAAUAUUCAGAAGAGGCAGGAUUAGUGAUGCCCCGAGGCCAAUGAAUUAAAAUUCUUACAAUGAAAACUGAAAUUUUGCACACAAUAUACAGGUUUUAAAUGCAUUGAAAUAUACGUGCUAUGCUAGGUAAAGGUAAAGGACCCCUGACAGUUAAGUCCAGUCGCGAACAACUCUGGGGUUGCAGCACUCAUCUCGCUUUACUGGCCGAGGGAGCCAACCUUUGUCUACAGACAGUAUUUUCCGGGUCAUGUGGCCAGCAUGACUAAGCUGCUUCUGGUGAAACCAGAGCAGUGCACGGAAACGCCGUUUACCUUCCCGCCGGAGUGGUACCUAUUCAUCUAGUUGCACUUUGACGUCCUUUUGAACUGCUAGGUUGGCAGGAGCAGGGACCAAGCAACGGGAGCUCACUCUGUUGCAGGGAUUUGAACCGCCGACCUUCUGAUCGGCAAGCCCUAGGCUAGUGGUUUAGACCACAGCGCCACCGCGUCCCAUACCUAUGCUAGGACUUGGGGAUAAACGACAAAGAAAACCUCACUAGCUACAGAAGCAUCACUCGCUGGAAAACUCACCCAGUCCUCUUUAUGCUUUCUGAGCUUUCAGCAAGUACUUUAGCACUCUCAGGCUUAUCCUGUCCUUUAGCAUAAGUCUCUCGGGGUAAGUAUAAAUAUCUGUUAAUUAAAACAGCCCACAACUGGAAAUAAUUGUGCUGGAGCAACUAAAAUUAAUAACAGCAUAAAAUUAACAAAAUUUAAAAGCUAGCUGAACGCAAUAGAAGGCAUUUUUAAGGUCACUUUAAAAGUCACCAGCAAAGGGGCUACAUCUGCAAUGCCAUGAUUGUAUGCAGUUCCCAGGGAAGUGAAUUUGAGAUGUGGGGCUAAUGGUAGGCUUGCUGAGUCUUCUUUCUGGUAUCUGGCGUCCCUACAUGGUAACUACACAGUUUCUGCAGAGACAAUGGGAUUCCAAACCAUUCAGUGGAAGUUAAGGUCCCAUUUUGUUGGUGGAAAGGAGAGUGGCUUUUAUACAUGGUUUGAUGGUAUCUAGAAGUUGCCAGGAUCUUGGGAGCAGAUGGAUCAAACAACAGCCAAGGAUCUUAAAAGCUUUCUAUCUUGCUAAUUUCCCCCUCAAAUUUCAGAACUUGCCAGUUGUUUUAUUGCACCAAUGUGCACACAGCAUUUAAAUGCACCUGUUUCUUCAAUUUAGUGGAAUUUUCCAAGUGCUAUGAUUACAAGGAAAGUUGGUGCUGCUUUGGCAGCUGGCUGCACAGUGGUGGUGAAACCAGCAGAAGAUACACCCUUAUCUGCUUUAGCACUUGCUGAGGUGAGAUUUUUAUAUUGAUGAACAGUGGAUUAAUUAUUACUAUUUAUUGCACUUACUAGUCAUUUUUUUCUAAGUCACUCUGAGUUAUUUGUAGAAUAGUACAAAGACUGAAACCAGUAUAAAGCUAAAAAUGGAAUAAAAAUCUAAAAGCAUUCACAUACACUAUAUAAAAGGCAGAUUAACUUUUUGGUUAUUUUUAAAAAUAAGAUUAUUGAAAUUAUGUGUGGUUUUUAAAUGCUUGUGACACACUUGCAACAAGAAAAAGCUCAGCACCAUCUUCAGCUUGUUGUUUAUCAUUAUUAUAUAAUUCUAACCAGUUGUUGUUUAUCAUUAUUAUAUAAUUCUAACCAGUUUCAUGCCACUAUUUUUUCGCUGCAGCUUGCAAAUCGGGCUGGAAUACCUGCAGGAGUGUAUAAUGUUGUUCCCUGUUCUAGACAACAGGCAGUAGCGGUUGGGGAAGUGAUGUGCACUGAUCCUUUGGUAGCCAAGAUCUCUUUUACAGGCUCAACGGCUACAGGAAAGGUAAGCUUCUCAAUGUUGGCUCAUAAACUGCUGCAAAUUUGUGGCUAAAAUACAUAGCUAAAAUGAAGUUGCUAAUUGGGUAGAUGUUAUCUUGUCUAGUUUGUUUUGUUUUUUAAUAAUAUUUUUAUUGAUUUUCAUUAUGACAAACAUCACAUUAAAUAAAAUAAACAUUUAAAAGAAAAUAAAAAGAAAUAAAAAUUAAAAACUUCACAGUGCUGUUUAUAUAUUCAAUAGAACAUCCAAAUGUGGGAUUUCUCAAUUCUCUUGACUUCCCUCUACCCCCUCCCGUGGUUCCAUUGUUUUAUGAUUAAUUCAUGCAUGUCCAUGUAAUAUUAUUCAUCUAAUUGUAUCCAGUUCUAUCUUUUAUCAUAAUAAUGCAAAUGUUUCUUAAAAUCCUGCUAAUGUAUCAACUUGUAUACAAUGCUUUGAUAUAUAUGCAAUAAAGACUUCCCAUUCCCAUUUUGUAAUUUGUUAUUGUCUUGAUUUCUAAGUUUCUCUGUUAAUUUAGCCAUUUCCGCAUAUUUCAUUAACUUAAUUUGCUAAUCUUUUUUUGUUGGGAUCUUUUCCUCUUUCCAACAUUGGGCUAUCAAUAUCCGUGCCGCUGUAGUCACAUACAUAAAAAGAUAUCUAUAUCUAUAUCUCUAUCUCUAUCUCUAUCUCUAUAUCUAUAUCUAUAUCUAUAUCUAUAUCUAUAUCUAUAUCUUGUCUUGUCUAGUUUGACCCUUACUGCCAUCCCUUGAAACUCAGUCUAAAACCAGUAGUCAUUUUCCAUUCACUUACAUAAUUGGAUCAACUCAUCUCAGACCAGUGUCUUAAUGCAUGCAAAGUGGUAUUAAAAAGAAUGGGACUGUUUCAAAGAUUCACAUCUAUUGCUUUAGAGAACACCCCAUGUCCAAGGCUGGGCACUGUGUAUAAUUAGGAAAAUUAUACUGUGGUUUUAAAAGUUGUUGGAAGCUGCUCAGAGUGGCUGGGGCAUACUACUACUACUGCUAUUACUACUACUACUAUUUUUUAUUAUUAUUAUUAUUAUCAUCAUCAUCAUCAUCAUCUAAAAUAAGCACUGAAGACUUUGAGAUCUACAUUUACUCCUUAGAUUAGAAAAAUGAGUAGGUAGUUUAAUAGGGAACUUGUGAUUUCAACUACAGAGUAUUCUCUCGGCAUUCAAAAAAAGCUAAGUUUGUAUAAUUCAUCUUUGUAGGUGUACAGCUUUCUGUGUUUCCUGUGUACUUGCAGAUAUUGCUGCGCCAUGCUGCUGGCACUGUGAAGAGGGUCUCCAUGGAGCUCGGAGGACACGCUCCAUUCAUAGUGUUUGAUAGUGCUGAUGUAGACAAAGCGGUAGCAGGAGCUUUGGCUUCCAAAUACAGAAAUUCAGGCCAGGUGAGAUUAAUCUCCCCUGUUUUCACCCCUACCACACUUGCAGAUAAUUUGAGCACUGCUCUUUUACAAAUUUGGUUAUGCCUUGUACUGGGGCAGGGGGGGUGGACACAAGCAAAGACGUUUCACCCCUCAUUCUUGAUCUAUAAAAAGCAGGUGUCAUAAUAAUAAGUCUGACAGUUCAGAAUACAACCCAGCUAUAACUAAGCAGAGUUCAGUUACAGUGGGACCAUUACAUUCUGAUUUACUUAGAAGUGUUAUUGAUUUCAAGGGGAGUUUAUUCAUGCUUGGGUGGAAGUCCAGUUCUGGGACACUUGGAGUCUACACUAGCUGUACAGACUAAACCCUUGGCUUUAAUUUGGAGGGCAGUACUUAAAACUUUUGCCUUUUCCUUUACUUUUAACCUCUCUUGUGGUUAGCUAGUGUUGCCCUCUGAAGACUUCUGCCCUCAGCAUUUAUUGCACUGGAAUCUAGUUUGAAAUCUGACAUUGUUGCUCAUGAAACUCAGUUGUGUCGCUGAUGAAGGUAGAAACCAAAGCAUUUGCAUGUAAAACGGAAUGCUUCCAUGCCUCCCAUGAUACACAGCCAAGCACAAACAGAGCUCAGUAGGAUAUGUCAACAAAUAUUAUUGCACAUUUCACAGUUUUAUGUCAAUCCUACUAAUGAGUUUAAUAGUUUACAAUAAAUUUUAAAAAUACGUUAUGUAUUUUCACCAUUCCUUAUUAAAAUUUGAUACUUCCUGAUUCCUGAUUCUUCCAGUCAGUUUUGCCAUUUCAGCAUAGUCCAUCCAUUUUAUCUGCCAAUCUUUCUUGGUAGGGACUGUAUUUUCUUUACAUCUCUGAGCUAGCAGAGUCCAGACAGCUGUAGUCGCAUACAUGAAUAAUGUCUUCUGGUCAUUUGGAAUCUCUGCACCUAAAAUUCCUAAAAGAAAAGCUUCUGGUUUCUUAAGAAAAAGCUUUCUAUAACAUUUUUUUCAACUCAUUAUAUAUAUCAUCUCCCAGAAUGCUUUUACCACUUUGCACAUCAGCCACAUAUGAUAAAAGGUUCCCUCUUUCUCUUUACAUUUCCAGCAUACAUUUGAUCUUGAUUUAAACAUUUUGGCUUAUUUCUUAAAUUUUUACCCCACCCUUCCUCCCAAAGGAGCCCAUGACAUUAAACAACAAAGCACUAGUGUAUGCCUAACUGAAAACAAACGCUAUUUCUUUUGACUUUAGACCUGUGUGUGUACAAACCGCUUCUUGGUGCAAAAAGGGAUCCACGAUGCAUUCGUAGAAAAGUUUGCACGAGCCAUUAAGUCAGAGCUACGUAUUGGCAAUGGGUUUGAUGAAGGGACAACUCAGGGACCGCUAAUUAAUGAAAAAGCUGUGGAAAAGGUAAGUGUUUUGUUUUUAAAUUUUUUGUGGUACGAAGAGGUAUUGCCAAGUUACGUUUGUUGGCUGUGCCAAUGGAAUAAUAACGAACUACAGAAUUCUACUUGUGUGAGUGCCUGAGGGCCCUGCUCCUUCUUGCCACUUACCACCUGGCCCGGGGCGGGGCCUGAAACGUCAAAAGGACUGCUCUGCUGCCCAGGAGGACUCCCCUGUGUGAGUGCCUGAGGGCCCUGCUCUUUCUUGCCACUUAUUCCUGGCCCGGGGCGGGGCCUGAAGCCUCAAAAGGACUGCUCUGCUGCCCAGGAGGACUCCCCUGUGUGAGUGCCUGAGGGCCCUGCUCCUUCUUGCCACUCACCACCUGGCCCAGGGCGGGGCCUGACAGGCCUCACAAGGACUGCUGUGCUGUGCUGCCCAGGAGGACUCCCCUGUGUGAGUGCCUGAGGGCCCUGCUCCUUCUUGCCACUCACCAUCUGGCCCACGGCGGGGCCUGAAGCCUCAUAAGGACUGCUCCUGCCACUUACUAUCUGGCCCAGGGUGGGGCCUCACAAGGACGGUUGUUGCCACUGAUGCUGCUGCUGCCCAGGAGGACCCGGAGGGACGCAGAGUUCUUUUUAACAUGUUUUAAAAUUUUCCUUUCCCUUUAGAUUUUUUAUAUAUGGGGGUGGGAUGGAUGUUUGGGUGGGCUUGGGAAUUUGUUUGAUUUUGAUGGAUUUGUUAUUUUUGCAGUUUUUAUUUGUAUUGUUUUAUUGUUUUCUGGGGGGGGUUGUUUUGUUUUUAUUGUUUUAAGGUUUUAUUGUUUUAGGCUGGGAAAGAAUAACAUUAAUUGCCAUCAAUGGAGGCUAAUAUGAGGCUUGGGAUUGCUACCGUGGAGGGGCGUGGGAGGUAUGGCAGUGGGGGCAGAUGUUAUAGGCGAAGGGGAUCGAGAUAUGGAUAUGCUCGUAUCCCUUCCAAUCUGCGCCUCAUCCCGAGGGACGAGGGUAGGGUGAGCAAGGAUUACUCACCUCCGUCACUGGUGCUGUGCAAUGCCAGGUCUAUAGGCAACAAAACUGCCACCAUGCGAGAUUUCUUUACCUCGCAGGGGGUCGACCUGGCUUGUGUGACGGAGACCUGGGUGCGCGAAGGGGAAACAGUUACCUUACGAGAGAUGGCGCCCCUGGGUUUCUCCGUCCUCCACCAGUCGCGGACUGUGGGCCGGGGGGGGAGGGGUGGCAUUAUUAAUCCGGGAAGAUUGUUCUUUCAGGGCUCUACCAUCGCCAUCGAUCCCUGGCAUUGAAUGUGUUGGCCUAGUGUGGGGCUCCGAGGAGAGCUUGGCUGUCUGGCUGGUGUACCGGCCACCUAGCGCACCAGCAGCCACCCUGUCAGGCCUACUGGAGGCGGUGGCCGGCUGGGCCUUGGAGUUCCCUAACCUAUUGGUAUUGGGGGACUUCAACAUCCAUGCCAAUCCCUCCUCACAGGCUCUGGACCUGGUGUCUUCCAUGGCGACACUAGGGCUCUCCCAAUUUGUUUUGGGCCCCACACCAAGCAGGCCACACGCUGGAUUUGAUCUUUGGCGUAGGUAUAGAUGUGUUCAUGUCUCCUUCGAUGAAGGUGCCAUGGUCUGAUCACUACGCUCUGAAAGCCAGGAUUGACUUUCCACCCCCACCCUGCUUAGGUGGCGAGCCGAUUUGGGCUCGCCCGCAGAGGCUUAUGGACCCUGAUAGAUUCCGCCAAGCCUUGCAGGACCUUGCUCCCCCUGGCGACUCAUUGACUGAGCUUGUUGAGGGCUGGAAUAUCCAGCUCCUGGCAGCCAUCGAUGAGAUCGCACCUAAGCGCCCUCUGCGACCCCACAGAAACCGGGCUCCCUGGUUUACCGAGGAGCUCCGGAAAAUGAAGCGGGACCUCAGACGGCUAGAGCGAGUAUGGCGGGGUGCCCGUGAGGGAGCCUCAAGAACAUCUUAUAGGGCUUUUAUGAAAACCUACGAGAUGGCGGUGAAGGCUGCUAAGAAGUCUUACUUCUCGGCCUCCAUUGCAUCCCCUAGCUCUCGCCCGGCGCAAUUAUUUAGUAUAAUUAGGUCUCUAACGUCCCUUGAGGGACAGCCAAAUUUAAAUAACAAUUUGACACACAGCUGUGAGGCAUUUGCGAGCUUUUUUGCGGAGAAGGUCUUGUGCUCCGCCAUGACCUCCCUGCCAAUUUGGAUACAAUAAAGGAACUGGAGGCCCCUCGACUGUCCUUGCGUCCAGUAUUGGACCACUUUGACCGGAUAUCCCCAGCCGAUGUGGAUAGACUCCUCCGAGCUGGAAAGCCCACCACCUGUCCUCUCGACCCGUGCCCGUCUUGGCUGAUUAGAGCGUGUCCAGAUGAGGUGUGGGCCCUCCUGGGGGAUAUCAUCAUUUUGCCCCUUGGCACGGGGACAUUCCCAGGAGAACUGAAGGAGGCAGUGGUGCGCCCGCUCUUAAAGAAAACAUCAUUAGAUCCCUUAGAUCUAACCAAUUACUGCCCGGUUUCGAAUCUUCCGUUCCUGGGUAAGGUGAUUGAGAGAGCGGUUGCUGAACAGCUUGGUGGGUUUCUGGAUGAAACAUUGGCUCUGGAUCCAUUCCAGUCCGGCUUCCACGCUGGUCAUGGGACCGAGACAGCUCUGGUUGCCCUAACAGAUGAUCUUCGUAGACAGCUGGACCGAGGCGGGUCGGGGCUGCUGAUUCUUCUAGAUCUGUCAGCAGCUUUCGACAUGGUCGAUCACGAACUCCUGGACCACUGCCUUGCCGACGUGGGGAUCCAGGGCACAGUCCUUCAAUGGCUGCGCUCGUUUCUCUCUGGUCGGGGACAGACGGUGGCGCUUGGGGAGGAAUUGUCAUCGCGCCAUUCCUUAGUGUGUAGAGUACCUCAGGGUGCGAUACUCUCCCCGAUGCUUUUCAACAUUUUUAUGCGCCCCCUCGCCCAGCUUGUCCGGAGUUUGGGGCUGGGUUGCCAUCAGUAUGCUGAUGACACCCAACUCUAUCUGUUGAUGGAUGGCCAUCCUAACUCGGCCCCAGACACACUGACCAGAUAUUUGGAAGCUGUGGCUGGAUGGUUACGUGGGAGCUGGUUGAAGCUAAAUCCUUCGAAGACAGGGGUCCUGUGGCUGGGACAGGACAAUAUGGGUUUUGGAGGAGCAACUCCCAUCUCUUGCAGGGGCGCAAUUAGUGCCAGCACUGUCCGUUAAGAGUUUGGGUGUAAUCUUCGACACCUCCCUUUCCAUGGAGGCGCAGAUUGCAGCUAUAACAAAGGCGGCAUUUUUCCAUCUCCGCCAAGCUAAGCAGUUGGCUCCUUACCUCUCUCACCCUGACCUAGCCACUGUGAUCCACGCGACAGUCACCUCCAGACUGGAUUAUUGUAACUCGCUCUACGUGGGGCUGCCCUUGAGACUGACCCAGAAACUCCAGCGGGUGCAGAAUGCUGCAGCGAGACUCCUUACGGGGUCCUCGCUGUGAGAUCACAUUCACCCUGUGCUAUACCAGCUGCACUGGCUCCCGGUGGAGUACAGGAUAAGGUUUAAGGUGCUGGUUUUAACCUUUAAAGCCCUAUACGGCCUAGGACCCUCGUACCUACGGGACCGCCUCUUCGUCCUGGUAUGUCCCACACAGAAACCUACAGGCUUCAAAUAAAAACAUAUUGAAGGUCCCAGGCCACAGAGAGGUUAGGGUGGCCUCAACUAGAGCCCAGGGCUUUUUCGGCUGUGGCUCCGAUCUGGUGUAACUCUGUCACAAGAGACUAGGGCCCAGCGCGACUUGACAUCUUUCCACAGGGCCUGCAAGACAGAGCUGUUCCACCAGGCCUUUGGCCAGGGCACAGCCUGACUCCCUCCUUCGGCAAUCUUCGUGGAGCUCUGGCCCAAUGGUUGCCAUUGCCAUUGAUUUGAUUUGAAUUAAUUUUAUAAUGAAUGAUUUUAGAGUGUUGUGUUGUGUUGUACUGUUGUACUGUUUUAUUGUUGUUAGCCGCCCUAAGCCCGGCUUCGGCUGGGGAGGGCGGGAUAUACCGUAAAUAAAAUUUAUUAUUAUUAUUAUUACUUGGGAUAUGAAAACCACCCUUUUGUGGGAGAGCCUAACACUGCACUUGCUUUGUUUCUCUCAGGUUGAAAAACAUAUUCACGAUGCUGUUUCCCAAGGAGCGUCCAUAGUUACAGGAGGAAAAAGGCACAGUUACGGGAAGAAUUUCUUUGAACCAACUCUUCUCAGCAAUGUCACAACACGCAUGUUGUGCACACAAGAGGAGACUUUUGGUCCUUUGGCCCCAGUUAUGAAGUAAGAGUUUAUUCUGCAGAUCACACAUUAACAAACUUUGAUUAUUACAUCAAAAAUGGCAAUUUCUGCCAGUGAUACUCUUCUGCAUAAUGACUCCUGUUAACCUUACCAUAUUACACACUUGGAGGCAAAAUGGAUUGUGAUAAGCAUAGAAGUAGUUCACAACAGGAAACAGCUGACAUUUCUCCUACUUAUUACAUGCGUCCCUUCCAGACAAUUCCUGGAUUAAGGAUCACGCUCCCAAGUAUAAUGUUUGAAUUGGCAAGGAACUGUCCCUACACAAAUAUACUCUGCGAUAGCCACAAUUGCAGCUGUGUUUUUUGGAACCAUCGCAGUCAUGGAAGUGCAAUACAGUUUACUCAUAUAGUGAUGGCUUCACUGCUAAUUCACACUUCUCAAAGUCAGCGACAGUCAGGAGGGAUUAUGUGGAGCAAAAGUAUCUGGCUGGCAGUGGGGAACUUUCCCUUAUUUUAUAUUGCCGUGUAUAAAGACAACAGCACCCCUUUCCCAACUUCGGGUAGAAAAUUUGCACAGACUGUGUCAGUCAUUUUGUGUUUCUUUAUAUAUUUAUGUAUAUAAAAUAUAAUGAGGUGCCACCUUAGAUUUCUUUUGAAAACUUUAGUGGUAUGCAUCCCAGGCAUAAUCUUGUUUUAUGUAUCCAAUUUAUGUGGCUAGCCUGAGAAAGGUAGGUAUUUCAAAACCAUGUCAAAAUACAAUAAAAUGCCUAUGCCUUUAAUUUCUGAUCUGUUAGCACUUUUCACAAUCUUUUCAUGAUCAUUUUUCAUGUGUCCUGAAGUUUGCACAAGUGUGUAAGAAUGAAGCCAUUUGCCUCUUUCACAGUGAUGCCCACAUUCUAACUUCUCUGGUGCCUCAAUUUUAUUUUUAUUUCUUAUAUAGCUUCGGUAGGUAAUAAUAAUAAAUAAUAUUUUUUUAUUUAUAUCCCGCCCUCCCCAGCCGAAGCCGGCCUCAGGGCGGCUAACAACAAUAGUAGUGCUUGAACAGACUUUUCCCAAGGGAUUUCCUGAGGGAAACUCUUCUGGAUGUGCUAAAAUGUUGCAAAUGUUGACUUACUGGGAAGUCUUGUCUCAUAGUGUGGGAAUAUUGUUUGCAUUAUGUGUGGUGAGGCACACCACCAACCCUCUUCUAAUAUGUUCCAAACACUAUGGAGUGACCUGGAUGUCAAAAUAUAUUUACAUUAGGUCUUGCAUUUGCUUAGCUAUAUUCCAGCAAAUGCUCACUCAAGAAAUUACGUGGUGGUUUUGGUAGCCAUUCCCAACCUUUUUCUCUUAGGGCAAAAUUUAAUGUCACCAAUGGACUUCACUUCCCCAGAUUCUAGACUGCAUGGGGUGCUGCAGCAGAGAGGUGUAAAAGUCUCUAUUGUGCAAGGAAAUAGCCAUUGUUGGAUGUCACCUUUAGAAAAUUCUUCCCCAUUUCCCCACCCUGUUUUAUUUUAACCUGAUGAAACUGCAUAGGAUUUACUAAUCUUCCCAUAAUCGGUGUCAUUUUUAAACAUGCAAAUGUAUUGCUGAUGUUGGAACACAUCGUGUAACUUUUAUACUAGCUUAAUUCAUGGGAAGUUAUGGAAAUCUGCGUCAGUCGAGAGGGUGGGGAUGCCAUCACGAAUUUCCCAUGGGAGAGGCCUCUAAUUGCACACCACUUGCAAUAAAGCAGUUCUUCCAUUAUUAUUUACAUCUCCUAUUAAUACUUUUGCAGGUUUGAUACAGAGGAAGAAGCUCUUGCCAUAGCAAAUUCAGCCAACGUGGGCUUAGCAGGUAUGUGAGUUCUUAACACUGCAAAUCUACAAUGCUUAAGGAGGCAAGAUGGGGUAUGGUUCAAGCUACCAGGCCACAUCUUGACUUUACAAUUUCAAGCUUAGAGAAAUGACCUUUCUCCCAGCAAAACAACAAACAAAAAACUCCAAACUGUUUUCUAUUCAAUGCUGUAUUUUGCAGGUUAUUUCUACUCCCGAGACCCGGCCCAGAUCUGGAGAGUUGCAGAGAAGCUUGAGGUUGGGAUGGUGGGCGUUAAUGAAGGCAUCGUGUCUGCCGUGGAGUGCCCUUUCGGUGGCGUAAAACAAUCUGGGCUGGGAAGAGAAGGUUCAAAAUACGGUAUUGAUGAAUAUUUGGAAAUAAAGUAUGUCUGUUUUGGAGGUUUAUAGUAGCCAAUUGUUAGGAGUCUAACCUAUUCAGAAUGCCUAGAAAACAACCUUUUGGGGCAUUCAUAAGCUUUAGCAAGAUCAUUUGUGAUUUUUCAUUCCCUCUUAAAAUGGAAGUAAUAAUGUUUUUGUAGAAACGUCAUUACUUGUAGACAUGACGAUACAUAUAGAACAACUCUGGUAUUCUGUGUACACAGGUUGUAGGAAUAUAGGUUGAUUUAUAUUACCUGUCUUAACCAUAAUGCAGGGACAAAUAAUGUUUCAAUUCCCUAUUGUGUUUCAGAGGAAUUUGGAAAAACUUUACUAAUUAAGAUGUAUGAUUUACCUUGAGUGUCUGUUAGGGGGGAAAGGCAGGAUAGAAAUAAAUGAUUUUUGGAGAGUAGCAAAGUAGGAAAAAGAUCCUCAUUUACCCUUUCUCAUGCACUGAGCCAGGUGUGAAAUAACUGAAUAAUUGUGCCAAAUGUUGACUGUUUCUUUUUCUAAUGUUUUUAUUAUUUUCUGGGUGCCUGUCUUAGGGCUUCUAGGAAAUAUUUUCUAGGGAAGGAUGUAUUGCACUUUUUCAUAUUGUUCUUCAGCUAUUGGCUGGAGCUGAAAAAUGGCCUUGAAGGUAUAUGCACAGUUCUGACAGAAUCCUCCCUAUUACUUACAAUAGGACUAGAGCAUCUCUAAGGAGAUACUUGUGAUUUGCUCCUAGCAGCUGAGCCUUGUGACCAAAUUAUCAUGCAUUAGUACAACAGCACAGAGAUACGAACAUAAACUGUUUCGUAUGGGUGGGGUAACAUUGUGUCUUGCAAAAGCUGUAAUGCACUGAGACCAACUUGGACCAAUAGCUCCACAAGGAAGUAAUAUUUAUUUGAAGCGCCACAGCACAAAACCUCACACCUCCAUAGCCCAUUACACUGCUCUAGAGCUCUGUUUCCUAUGUCUAUUCUUGCCAAGUAAUAUUUCUUCUCUGAAAGACUUGUCUGAUCCUCCAUGGCCCUCCUGCUCAUUCUAGAGAUUACAGAAAGCAGUUAACUUGGUACAAGAGAAAAAGCUUAAGACCUGGGGAAAAGUGGGGGGCGGGCGCUAUGUGGGAGGACUUUAAAGCUUCCUCCAUGAACCUAUUUGAGUUAACAGUGGCAUACAGCUAGAAUCCCAAAAGCUGUUUAUUUUACCACCACACGUUAAGACUUUUGAUGGCACAAGAUAAAAGCACUUUUGUGCUCUUCCCAGUGAGCUUUAAUGUUACCUGCAUGUGCUCCAUCAGGCCUUUUCUGUAUGAGCUGCUGUUACGUUCGAAACAUAAAAAGAUUUAACAGUUCUGCUUUGCUACUGCUGCAUUCAAUUGAACAUGCACUUUAUUUACAUUGCAAAACUUCAUUUGACAUUUUGCAAUAUGUUUUCAAGUGGACUUAGCUAUGCAAUCCCCUUCCCUAUCAAAUCUGCUUGCGAUCCAAAGGGCUGCUUCAGAUGAACCAAAAGGGCUUGGAACAAACAUUUGAGGUCUUCCUUAAGUGCGAAGCUUCUGCCAUUUCACUGACAGUUCUAAGAGACACCACUUGGCUCGAGAAGUAGUUCACAGUGUAGCCAUGAGCAUCCAGCAUUCAGGAGAAACAUAAAUCCAGAUCUCAUUCGGACACACACAACUAGUCGCUUGUUUCUCCCUAUUUUCAUAUAUGUUCAUUAACCUCCAAAAUUGAUACAGGUCAGCUAAGCUUAUUUUGGGUGACUUUGUACUACAAAACAUUGGUUCUGCUGUAUUAUAUUAGGGAUAGGUUAAAUAGUGGCACUAUAGCGACUCCUGAAAAGCACAUUAUGUAGCUCUAAUUGCUAUUCCUAAAAAAAAUAAAUUACAACCAAGAUGAAGCUUGGUCUGUAAAGCCAGCAAACUGAGUAGUUCCUGAGGAAAUCACUGUCAAAUGGUACUGAGGAAGAAUAAUUAAUCUAUAUAAUCUUACAUACUUUUUUAAAUAACCCAGCAACAAUAAUUUUUACAUUUGUGGGCAUAUAGGCUAAUACCACAGUCUGAUCUACAGUCUUACAGACAAGUCUAGAAAUGCUUCCUGUUAUAUUAUUUAAGGCAGUUGCUCUACAUGUAAUUCAAAAUCUGAAACACAAAAUACAAAACUAAAACAAUCUAGGGAUUCAAUACAGCCCAAGCUUGUCAACGCUCCUCUUUUGAGGAAAAAGAAGCAAAACAUUUGAGAAGCACAAAUUGUUCAAGUGUAACAAGAUACUACUAGCCUUAUUGGAGAAAUUUUCUCUUGGGGCUGGAUCAGCUAAGUGUUAAUAUGCAUUUGUAUGGUAUGUUUACAUAAAAAAUAACAAGAGUUAUUAUUUGUAUACAGUAAUUCACUAACAGAAGGUGAUACUUGAAUUCUUACAUUUCACUUUUGUGUGUAGAUUUGCUUUGGGUGUUGGGAAAACAGCUGUGUGUAAUAAAUGUUUAACUUUAAAAUUGGUGGACAUUCACAUCUACUGUCAGAUCUGUGACAUUUUGUAAGCGUAUUAAAAAAAUAAAAAAAU